AUGGCAACACCGUCAGGGAACUCUGGCUGGGCCCAGCUCCGGCAACAAGCUAGGUCGCUGGAGACGCAGGCCGAGAGUCUAUUCCACACAUAUUCGCAAUUCGCGACAGCAGCAUCAAUCCCUCCAAAACCGACACAAGAAGAACGCACGACAGAAAGCAAGAUUGAGGAGCUACUGGAAAAGCGCGAGUCGACAAUUGCCCAACUGUCGCGCCUCCUCGACUCCGAGGCGGCGCUCACCUCGUCCGCACUGAAGCAGAACAACCUCGCGCUGCUGCGGGAGAAGCUCGCCGCGCACCGCAAGGACCUGACGCGGCUGCGCUCCAACCUGCGGCACGCGCGCGACCGCGCCAACCUCCUCACCAACGUGCGCUCCGAGAUCGCGGAGCACCGGCGCGCGGAGGAGGACCCGGCGGCGGCCGAGGCCGACUACAUGCUGGACGAGCGCCGCCGCAUCGACAACAGCCACGGCAUGGCGGACAGCGUGCUGAGCCAGGCGUACGCGGUCAACGAGGGCUUCCUGGCGCAGCGCGAGACGCUGGCGAGCAUCCAGCGGCGCAUCACGGGCGCGGCCAGCCAGGUGCCGGGCAUCAACACGCUCAUCGGCAGGAUAUCGGCCAAGAAGCGCCGCGACGGCAUCAUCAUGGGCAGCUUCAUCGCGUUCUGCUUUGUGUUUUUCUGGCUCUUCCUGUAG